AUGAAGCCCGAGCCCGACGCCCCCCACGUCUACGUCCAGCCCAUUCCGGACUCGGAGUACUCCAUCCGCCUCUUCCCGGGCUCAUACGCGUCUCGCGAGUGGGGCAUGGACUACGUCGAGACUGCGACAGGCCAGCCGGCGAACUCGCCGUUCGCGCACACGCUGUGGAUGCCCGCCGACGCUUCGCCGAUCCACAUGGGCGCGGUCGGCCCUCUCCGUUCUAUGGAGAGCUCGAUGGGCCUCGCGCAGGACAAGAUCCGUGCGGGCGGCGAGAAGUGGGUCCUGACGGACGGGCAGACGUACGUCAUCAAGCGGCCGGGGAAGAAGAACGUGCGGUUCAACGUGCCCAUUCGACCACUGCCCUCGCAAUCCUCCACCGGCGAGAACCUAGACGAGGACGUCGUGGUAUUCCCGCGCGUUCUGCAGGCCUGA